AUGGUGACAUACCCUGCUCAACCUGCCAGUGAACGCGCGACCGCUGCAGGAUUGAGAACGAUGCCAGAAACCAGCCUUGCGCCUUCAGGGCCGAUCCGGCUAUCUCAAUCGCUCCCCAUCUUCUCUCAAGCCAAGACCAUCAAUUUCGACGUGUUCGACGCCGCGAUGAACUUCUACGUCAAGCACUUCCAAUUCGCCAAUGCGCUACUAAAGCUCAAUCGCUCGUCAAUGACCGUCAACGAGUACACGUCCGUCGCUGAGAACAUGGCUGCGCCAGACCCCGCCUUCGAUGUCAUCAAGCCUGACAUCCACAACCGCAACUGGUACCAAAACCCCGAAAAGCGUAACAUCCAGACCCUCGGAUACCUCAUCCACGAAUAUCGAUUCCGUCCAGGAUUCGCCUACCCCAGAGACCGACUAUAUGGCCUGUUGGCCUGGCCUGCGAUGCCGAUACCCUGA